AUGGGUGAUGAGAGUAGGGAGAAGGGUGAUGAGAGAAGGGAGAAGGGAGAUGAGAGUAGGGAGAAGGGUGAUGGGAGUAGGGAGAAGGGUGAUGAGAGUCGGGAGAAGGGAGAUGAGAGUAGGGAGAAGGGUGAUGAGAGUAGGGAGAAGGGUGAUGAGAGUAGGGAGAAGGGUGAUGAGAGUAGGGAGAAGGGUGAUGAGAGUAGGGAGAAGGGAGAUGAGAGUAGGGAGAAGGGUGAUGAGAGUAGGGAGAAGGGUGAUGAGAGUAGCGAGAAGGGUAAUGAGAGUACGGAAAAGGGUGAUGAGAGUAGGGAGAAGGGAGAUGAGAGUAGGGAGAAGGGAGAUGAGAGUAGGAAGAAAGGUGAUGAGAGUAGGGAGAAGGGUGAUGAGAGUAGAGAGAAGGGUGAUGAGAGUAGGGAGAAGGGUGAUGAGAGUAGGGAGAAGGGUGAUGAGAGUAGGGAGAAGGGUGAUGAGAGUAGGGAGAAGGGAGAUGAGAGUAGGGAGAAGGGUGAUGAGAGUAGGGAGAAGGUUGAUGAGAGUAGGGAGAAGGGAGAUGAGAGUAGGGAGAAGGGUGAUGAGAGUAGGGAGAAGGGAGAUGAGAGUAGGGAGAAGGGUGAUGAGAUUAGGGAGAAGGGUGAUGAGAGUAGCGAGAAGGGUAAUGAGAGUAGGGAGAAGGGUGAUGAGAGUAGGGAGAAGGGAGAUGAGAGUAGGGAGAAGGGAGAUGAGAGUAGGAAGAAAGGUGAUGAGAGUAGGGAGAAGGGUGAUGAGAGUAGGGAGAAGGGUGAUGAGAGAAGGGAGAAGGGAGAUGAGAUUAGGGAGAAGGGUGAUGAGAGUAGCGGUAAGGGUGAUGAAAGUAGGGAGAAGGGUGAUGAGAGUAGGGAGAAGGGUGAUGAGAGUCGGGAGAAGGGUGAUGAGAGUAGGGGUAGGGAGAAGGGUGAUGAGAGAAAGGAGAAGGGAGAUGAGAGUAGGGAGAAGGGUGAUGAGAGUAGGGAGAAGGGUGAUGAGAGUAGGGAGAAGGGUGAUGAGAGUAGGGAGAAGGGUGAUGAGAGUAGGGAGAAGGGAGAUGAGAGUAGGGAGAAGGGUGAUGAGAUUAGGGAGAAGGGUGAUGAGAGUAGAGAGAAGGGUGAUGAAAGUAGGGAGAAGGGUGAUGAGAGUAGGGAGAAGGGUGAUGAGAGUAGGGAGAAGGGUGAUGAGAGUAGGGUGAUGGAGAAGGGUGAUGAGAGUAGGGAGAAGGGUGAUGAGAGUAGGGAGAAGGGUGAUGAGAGUAGGGAGAAGGGUGAUGAGAGUAGGGAGAACGGUGAUGAGAGUAGGGAGAAGGGAGAUGAGAGUAGGGAGAAGGGUGAUGAGAGUAGGGAGAAGGGAGAUGAGCCUGCCGACAAAUGCUAA